AUGGCCUGGUACGCAAAAACGCGCUUCUUCCACAUCAUAGAGUUGACGGCCUGGCAGCUUUAUCCGUCUGCCGCUACCUUUCAGAGAUUGCACCAGAGAUACCGGCCGACCGAGACUCAAAUGAAGCACCCACACCCGCGUGUGAUAGACUGGAUUCCGUUCCCCUCCAUUCGAGAUCGGCUUAUCCAGCGCCAUGCCGCCAAUCCCCAUAUUGAUCAAAUAUUCUGCGAUGCGGUCACGGGAUACGUCGUCGAGACAACCAUGUCCGAUCUUGUACUCGGCGCGCCGCAAAUCACAGUCUACAUCAGGGUCACGGAUCUGAUUACGGCCAUGUCAUCCACCGCGGACGACGGCCUCAACGAUGCACCCGCGAACCUACCCGCCCCAGACAUCACAACCCUGUUCACCUCACAAUCGUACGCCCGUGCAGCGUUUAAGCAAUUGAACAUGGACAAAGGAGCAUCUUACUACAAGAUCGACCCGGCCUUCUAUGGAAAGUAUCCCGAGCUGUUCGACCAGUCCAACGACCUUACAGCCACCGGCAUACCCCUCAGACCGAAAUCGCAAAAGGUGCUGACCUACCCCAAACCCCUCGAUGCCUCAACGGUCGAGACCUACCGGAGUUUCAUCGACUUCUCCCUCGACGCUGCCAACACAAUCUCAUCCUCCUCAACGACGGCCCCGUGA